AUGUCAGUCCUACUCAUCAACUCCACCUGUGUCGCCACUCAAGACAAAACUGAACGUGAGGUUGUGCGGGUAGGACACCGUAAGGCGGCACCCACUCACCUUUCGGCAUUCCCUCUCGAAUAUCCGGACCACCGCGGAUGGGUUCCUGAACGAGCGUGCCCCGUCCCUCAUCAGCAUCGUCAUCCCGAUCUGCAGUCCUUUAUCCUCCUUCUCAUCAAGCCCCAAACCGCAAUACAUCCUCGACUUGCACCUCAUGAGAUCGUACGCCUCCAUCCUUCUCUCCCUCGACAUCCCCCCCUCGUUGUGCCUCAUCACCACCGCCCCCUUGAAGCAGCUCGUGGGCCCACUUCCCUCGAACGUCUCGAUGUCGAGCGGCCUUCCGAACACGGCCUCCAGCAUGGUCCUCACCCAGGGGGCCAUGCUCGUCCGCAGCUCGCCCCAGUGGAACAGUAUCCACCGCUCGGGGGCCCUGCACUGGUUCCUGGCGUGCCAUGCCACGAAAGGCGUCAUGGCCGACAGACCGUGCCAGAUGUUGUGGUAGUCGUAGUGGUUGUUGGAGAUAAACGUGAGGCCCCGAGACAGGGUCGCGUUCUCCGGCAGUGCGUCUGGCCAGGCGAGCGCGUACGAGUUCCACGACCCGUCGUGGGAGUCCCGGCCUCGGAGGCAGAGGAUUCUGCCUCCGGAGGGCUCGGAUGGGAAUUCUUGGUAUUGAACCUCGCCGUGCUCGAGCUCAUGAACCAUGUGUGCCCUUGCAUGGGGACGUCUGAGAAGCGGAGGUCCUUGAGGGGGAGGAAGGUGACGGACUGGCGGAGUCUGGAGGUCGUGGAUUUCGAGUCUUCUGCCUUACUGUUGAGAGUCGGGAGGCACGAGUGGAUUUUAUCCCAUUUAUGUGUGAGAGGCGCCCAUUGGGAGGUUUGGAGGGAGUGGAUUUGGAAGAGAAUGAAGAGGAUGACGAAGAUGGAGGUAGAUCGGGAGUUUGGGGGAGGAGAGAGAGAUGUUCUGGUUAGAUUUUCGAGGGUAGGCUCGGGUGGGGUUAGAGGCCUGGUCUAG